CUUCUCGUGUGACUUUGGUCUCUACAAGAAGAUUUCUAAUAUCUUUGAGUGCACAUGGCCCGCAACUCUGUCAACCUAACCAUCUGUAUGAGCAAGCAAUCCCCAUAAUCACUCUCUAUCCGUCCCGACAGACAGCCUUGACAGAUCGCCUGCCGUCGCAGAUUCUGCGACCACGAGCAAAAUGAAGUUGAUACUCUCUACCUCCAAUAUAAUGUCCUCAGGACAAACAGUAGUUCGAAAACCUUUAUUUUCAAAAUCUAAUGUCGAACUUAUAAAAGCACUACGAGUCAACUUCUCGCACCAGGCGCAAUACCACCAACAUCAAACACAACCUUCUUCCACUGAUCAGUCCGGGACCAAUUCUCCAUCAGAUUAUACUCAAUGGACUACAGUUGAUGGGGAUACCCUUGAGAUCCCUACGUGGAGACCGACACCUCUGACAGAACCUCGCGACUCGUACGAUGUGACGGUCAAACUCUUUUACCUCCCAAAUAUCCCCUCUUCUCGACGGUCACAGCAUACGAAGGAGGCCAUUGACUUGGUAUUAAAAGAGUUGGGCAUUGAAAAUAUCGAUCUUUUGAUCGUAAGUUAUCCAGGAGUCAGUUUUGACGCUGAUGACUAUGGAGAGGAGGAGGAUUCGUCGGUGGACAAUGAGAAUGCCAGCCUCGACAGCACAGAUGAAUCACAAGGACUGGAGGCACAACUCAAGGCAUGGCGGACAUUAGAAGAAUAUCAUGAAAGAGGAGUCAUCUCGCAACUGGGUGUAUCAGAAUUCAGUUCGGAGAGGCUGGACAAAUUCCUGCCAGAAGUUAAAGUGCGACCGACGGUCAACCAGAUCAACGUCAAGGAUUGCUGCGUGGUGCCGCAACCAUUGAUCGUGUAUGCAAAGGAAAACCAACUUGAUCUCCUUACGCAUGCCGACUGCACGGAUAUUCUCCCUCCAGGGACAACACGAGAGUUGCUAGGUCCGGGCAAGGAUGGUGCUGGUAUCAUUGCAUCGAAACCUGAUGCUGGGGAUGAGGAGCCAGGAUUGAAGGGUGACAUUGAGCCGCAGUGGGUGAUUAAAUACACGGCUGUGGUCAAGAACCGUGGAGUGAUUGAGAACAAGGGUUAUUUUGCUCUGGCUCAACUCGGCACCUGCAUCGAACCGCGGCCGGAGGCGGCGCAGAUAGCAACUGUCUCGUGAUGCUGAAUUUGGAUCGCUUUCUAAAAUCCAAGCACUGGUGUUGGUUGGUAGGUUGGUUUUCUGAGCCUUGCAAAUAGAAUUGGUGCCCGAUGCGAUGGAACAUUGCCUUUUGAAC